AGCUGAGGGCAGUGGCUUCACUCAGCCGCCGCGCAUGUGCCUGGUGAAGCGGCUGUCGCGGCCUGGUGCUCUCCCGCUGUAGGGCAGGGCGGCUCGGCCGGGCCCGGCCCCAUGGCCGCCGUGUUUCUCGUCACGCUUUAUGAGUACUCGCCGCUCUUCUACAUCACCGUGGUGUUCGUCUGCUUCCUCGUCACCAGCGGCCUGGUGCUGGGCUGGUUUGGUUUGGGUGUUCCUGUUAUUCUGAGAAACUCAGAAGAAACAGAAUCCAGCACAAGAGUAUUGAAAAAGCGGAUGAGACAAGUGAAGAAUCCUUUUGGGUUAGAAAUCCCUCAUCCUGCUACAGCUUCAGUAACAAAGGGUAUAACCCUGACACCUGAUUGUCUGGAAGACUGUAUUCUUACGUGUUACUGGGGCUGCAGUGUUCAAAAACUCCACGAAGCAUUGCAAAAACACGUCUACUGCUUCAGAAUAAAGACUCCUCAGGCAUUAGAGGAUGCUCUGUACAGCGAAUACCUCUAUCGACAGCAGUACUUCAUUAAAAAAAAUGACAAGGAAGAAAAAUAUUGUCAGUUACCAGAAGAUGCUCAAAUUGUCGAUUUUGGCCCGGUGCCUAGAUCUCGCUAUCCGUUGAUAGCAUUGUUGACGUUAGCUGAUGAAGAAGACAGAGAAAUAUAUGAUAUUAUUUCAAUGGUGGCUGUAAUUCACAUUCCUGAUGAGAGCUACAGACUUUCCUGCAGGAUAUUAUAUCAGUAUCUACUUCUAGCUCAAGGUCAAUACCAUGAUCUGAAGCAGCUCUUCAUGUCUGCAAAUAGCACUGCACCAGCUUCAAGCAAUACAUCCCCUGGUGAGAGAGGCACUGACAGAAGCUUGCUAGAAAAGGCUGGACUGGCUGAAGAUGAACCAGAAUUGCCUGAAGAAAACAGUAAAGACUGUGUUGUUUGCCAAAAUGGCACAGUGAACUGGGUACUCCUGCCCUGCAGGCACGCGUGCUUAUGUGAUGGCUGCAUUAAGUAUUUUCAACAGUGUCCAAUGUGUAGGCAGUUUGUACAAGAAUCUUUUCCUCUUUGCAGUAAAAAGGAGCAAGAUGAAGAUGAAUCAACCCAUCUCUUGCAAGAUGUUCUUCCUGGAAGAGUUUUUUAAUGGGGAAAACAUAGAAGAACUGGGUUGUAUGCACCAAGAUUAAAUGUAGAAAACAGACUGUUUAUGGGAGGAUAUGUAGCGUUCACUUGUAUGGUUUUGCUUUUUAUUGUUAGGUAAUUCUCAGCUUCCUCAUUUUUCUUCGCUCCAUAUGCUCACAGGAACACUAGGCUUCUCCAUGCAACGUGGACAGAAGUGGUGCGUAGGAUUUCUUUGAAGGAUGUGAUUUUAUUUAUAACUUCUUACUAGUUUUUCAUGGAGUACUAUUGGAGGCUAUUUUGAUGACUAAAUUUAGUAUAUCUACUAAAAAAAGAAUAAAACUUGCAAGUGAAGUUGCACACAGCUCAUUCUAUAUUUAUCGUAUUUAAAAUACUAGAGCAAUAUUAUCAUUUUAACUCGGUAUAAUUUAGAAACGUAGCACUUUACAGAACAUCAGAUGAAGGAAAGUAAAUAUUCUUCAUUGUUAAAUUGUAUUUAUUUUGUAGAUGAAGGCUGGACUAUGGCAGGAGCUCGGAGUUUAAGACCUGAUUCAGGACAUUGUUUCUGGCUGUUUUGAAAGAUUUGUGUGCAUGUGUGUGUGUGAGGGACCUUAGCCAAAGCCCACUGGAAUGAGUGGAAAGACUUUUGUGUUGAUUAUUGUUGGCUUGAACUAAAUGUCGCUGACACUUUCAAGCCUGAGCCUCUGCUAUGUCAUCUUGAGGCACAGACUUUCAUUCUUGUUAGCAAUGGCUGUAAGAGCUUGUUUUCCAUGUAAAUACUAGUUAAUUACUCCAUAGAGUGGUUACUUGGGCAGUUUUGUGAUGCUAUUCUUAAUAUAAGUAGCCUGCUUUGGGGAAUUUCCAAUUCUUUUUACUUGCAUUGUCAGGCUAGAUGCAAAGUUAACUAUUUACCUUUUAUCAACAGUCCCAGGGAAUUUACUUAUUCUAAUAAAGAAAGAAGCUGAAGAAUAGCAGAAAAUCACUUAUUUUUCCCUCCAGUGGUGUAUUAUUAAAAGCAAUAAAAAUGGCUGUUGAGAAGAGAA